AUUGCCUAUAUCUGAGGGGAACUUCAUGAUGUCAGUCUAAUGUUAUGCCUAUAACGGUCCGAAAGUACUGCCAUUUACCAAAGAGCCAUUGGCCAUGAAUCGCGAGGUUGCAGGCGACUUGGUCAUGAGAAAAUGAACACUGUAGAUCUGAUGACCGAGACGUUUCCCAUUCGGUUUGGAGAUGCCCCGCCGGAUCCCCCGCUUUCCCUUAGGAAUAAUCUCAUGACCAAAUUGAAGCCGGCCAGGAUCUACAAAGGCGCCGUCGAUAGCCUGCCACAACCGUCGCCUAGCUUUCCGCCUCGUCCUGGCAACCAAGGUCCACGGCAUAUAACAGGGAUAUGCUUUGAUGAUAGAGGGGACCAGGAAAUUACAGCGGCAGAAGGCGAAACGUUUAGGCUGUACAAUUGCAAAAGCGGCAAGCCUCUAAAGACGCUCUUUUCCAAGAAGUAUGGAGUAGAUCUCCUGCGUUUCACCCAUAAAAACACCGCAAUAAUACAUGUGUCCACCAAGGAAGAUGACACCGUCAGAUACCAUUCGCUGCACGACAACAAAUACCUUCAAUAUUUCAAGGGGCACAAGGGCCGCGUCAUCUCUCUGGGGAUGUCUCUUGUAGACGAUGGAUUCAUUCCCAAUUGUCGAGGUCUACUUUCACUUCCUUCAACACCCAUCGUUACUUAUGAUUCCACCGGUAUGGUCUUCGCCGUGGCUGUCAAUCAUUAUUCCAGAAUACUGUUGUACGACCAUGCUAACUACGACAAAGCGCCAUUUCUCGUCAUAACUAUGGAAGAUCCAACUGUGUCUUUCGUCAGCUAUCCUCCUCGACCCAUCUUCAUGACUUCUUUGUCCUUUUCUUCAAAUGGGAAAUACAUUCUCGUCGGUUGUUCAGGUGAUGCACAUUAUAUUCUAGAUGCCUUUGAAGGACAUCUAUUGGCCAAGCUCCAAGGGCAUAUAGGGCUCGAAGGACGGUCAACAGCAGUGCCCCCUACUAUUGAACCUGCAAAGGGCGGAAGUGGUGAGGAAGUUAGCUGGACGCCGGAUAGUCGUUAUAUUGUUAGUGGCAGUUUGGACGGUAAAGUUCACGUCUGGGAUAGCGGUCCGGUAGAUUUGAGAGCAGCAUCUGUGCGGCUUCAACUGCUGGGGCCUCUGGAAGGCCAUGCAGGUCCAUCCAGAUGCGUGAAAUUCAAUCCGCGGUUCGCAAUGAUGUGUUCUGCAGGCGCUGAGCUGGCGUUUUGGCUUCCUGAUACUAGCGGUGUCAUGUAG